AUGGCCAAGCGCGCGGGCGGCGUUAGCUCGCCGGUGGAAUCGAUGGCCAUGGACGACCGCCCGUGCGAAAAGGACGCGCUGUGCACGCGCGGCUACAGGCACCUGGGGCGGGGCGGGCCUUGUUCGCGCAAGCCGCGCCUCAAGCGAGCGCGGGACGAGGCGCGCGCCCUCGCGAACGCUCCCGACCCCGGCGACGCUGGAGAAGCUGGGGCGGGCCUCCUCUCGCUGGAUCUGGGAUCGCUCGACCCUCUGCCAGAGCCCAUCGAUAGUCCGCCCUUCUCGCCCUCCCCGGUCGGGUCGCCACGAGAGGCUUCCGUCUCGGCGGCCGGCGCUUCCUGGGAGGGUCGGGAUUUGGCAGCGGCGAAGGCCGACGCGGCGGCACCAGCGGAGGAGCCCGCGGCGAGCUUUGCGGCCGCAGCCGAGCCAGCAGCCGAGAAGGCCGAAGCCGCGACGGCGCCCAGUCUCGGCCCACAAUCGGUCGAGGUGGGUUAGUGGCUAGCGCGGCGGACGUCGCGAGGAGUCAGCAAGGCAGACAGCUCCUCCAUGCAGAGCCGAAGGCGAAGCCCCGCGCGGAGGAAGAGCGAGACGGGUACCGCGACUGUGUCUCAGUCUGGCGCUAAUCUCGCUUCGUGAUCGUGUCGGGGGUGUAUGCCUGCUGCCCGCUGUGCCCUGGUAUCCGCUGUCGCGUGGUUGGUCUGUGAAGCGUGAACAGGCACAAGCUCAAGGG